AUGGCCCCCCCCAACGCUGAGUAUGCCUUGUCGGCUUCCCACAAGGAUAUGCUGGAGAAGUCUCUUCUUGACUCCGACCCCGAAGUCGCCGCCAUCAUGAAGGACGAGAUUCAACGCCAGCGUGAGUCGAUUGUUCUCAUCGCCUCGGAGAACAUCACCUCUCGCGCCGUCUUCGACGCACUGGGUUCCCCCAUGUCCAACAAGUACUCGGAGGGUUACCCCGGUGCUCGCUACUACGGUGGCAACCAGCACAUCGACCAAGUCGAGCUCCUCUGCCAGCGUCGUGCCCUCGAGACCUUCCACGUCGACGCCGACAAGUGGGGUGUCAACGUUCAGUGCCUGUCGGGUAGCCCCGCAAACCUCCAGGUCUACCAGGCUAUCAUGCCUCCCCACGGCCGCCUGAUGGGUCUCGACCUCCCCCACGGCGGUCACCUCAGCCACGGCUACCAGACCCCGGCCAGGAAGAUCUCGGCCGUUUCCACCUACUUCGAGACCAUGCCCUACCGCGUCGACCUCGAGACUGGCAUCAUCGACUACGACCAGCUCGAGAAGAACAUUGUCCUAUACCGCCCCAAGGUCCUGGUUGCCGGCACCUCUGCCUACUGCCGCACCAUUGACUACGCUCGCAUGCGCAAGAUUGCCGAUCUGGUCGGUGCCUACCUCAUGGUCGACAUGGCCCACAUCUCGGGUCUCAUCGCCGCCGAGGUCAUCCCUUCGCCCUUCCCCCACGCCGACAUCGUCACCACCACGACCCACAAGUCGCUCCGUGGCCCCCGCGGCGCCAUGAUCUUCUUCCGCAAGGGCGUCCGCUCCGUCGACGCCAAGACGGGCAAGGAGACGCUGUACGACCUCGAGAACCCCAUCAACUUCUCCGUCUUCCCCGGCCACCAGGGCGGACCCCACAACCACACCAUCACUGCCCUGGCCGUCGCCCUCAAGCAGGCCCAGACGGCCGACUUCAAGGCCUACCAGGAGAAGGUCGUCUCCAACGCCAAGACACUGGAGAAGAAGUUCAAGGAGCUCGGUCACAAGCUCGUCUCGGACGGCACCGACAGCCAUAUGGUCCUCCUCGACCUCCGCCAGCACAACCUGGAUGGUGCCCGCGUCGAGGCCGUCCUCGAGGCCAUCAACAUUGCCUGCAACAAGAAUUCCAUCCCCGGAGACAAGUCGGCCCUCACCCCCUGCGGCAUCCGCAUCGGCACCCCCGCCAUGACGUCGCGCGGCUUCGGCGAGAAGGACUUUGAGCGCGUCGCCCAGUACAUUGACGAGUCUGUCAAGAUCUGCAAGGAUGUUCAGGCCUCGCUCCCCAAGGAGGCUAACCGCCUCAAGGACUUCAAGAUCAAGGUUGCUUCUGGUGAGGUUGACCGCAUCAACGAGCUCAAGAAAGAGAUCUCGGCCUACACCAGCGCCUUCCCCCUCCCCGUUGAGGGAUGGCGUCUGGAUGCCGGCAUUUAA